AUGGGCCCCGGCGGGGAACAUAACACACCUGCUUUAACCAAGCGAGACUGGACCACAUCUGACACCAACAAGGUGCCAGAAGGUACCAGAUUCUCGCAAAUCAAUUUGCAACAUUGCAAGGCGGCAACAGACAUCCUCCUGUACCGCCUAACGAUGGGGCAGACAGACAUAGCCCUCAUACAGGAACCUUGGAUCCACAAGGAACGUGUAGGAGGGCUAAACACGGGGUGUGGCUCACUCUACUAUGAUAUCACAUCCACAAGGCCCAGGGCCUGCGUCUUCGUUAAAAAGGAGAUAACGGCCCUGAAACUCAAUGAAUUCUGUACAACUGAUCUUUCAGCGGUUAAGGUUAAACUUAACCUCAGGGAACUCAGAGCCCUGAUAGAUCACUGUGCGGUCAAUGGUCUGCACCUGGUGAUCGGCUGCGACGCCAACUCGCACCACACCGUAUGGGGCAGCACAAACACCAACGGCAGAGGCACAGCACUGCUGGAAUACCUCGCCACCACGGGCCUGGAGAUCCUUAACAUAGGCUCCUCCCCCACCUUUGUCACCUCCCGUAGACAGGAGGUGAUUGAUUUGACCCUAGGCUCUGCCAAGGUGACACAGGUCAUCAAACACUGGAAGGUACGGGACGAGAGCACACUCUCGGACCACCGCGUUAUCACUUUUGAAUUAAAAGACGACAGGGAGGGCGGCACUGAUGAGGCCUACAGGAACCCAAAGGCCACCAACUGGGCACUCUAUAAAGAGGGCCUGGAAGGGAGGCUAAAUUGA